GUUCAUUUAUACAACAUUUAUAACAUCUAAGUAUUACAUCCCGUGCAACGCACGACGAGUGAAAUAAUUUUAAGUAGAUUAGUAAAAUGUAAUAAUAUUAUUGUCAAUUUUUACUAGAUUCUUCAAUUCCCUACGCGCUUUUUGGGAAUUUCAACAUGUUGGAUGAAGCACAAGCUUUGUAUUGCAUUGCAUUUCAAUUUUUUUUUCGUCGUCUUAGUUCCUCUGCAAAUAGUAUCUGGCACUUCAUAAAAGAUGAAUCUUUUCCGAUUUGUAGAUAGAUAUUUGAUGUAAAUGUGAUUAUAUUGAUGUCAAGAUUUAAAUGCAGUUUCCCAACCUUAAAGCUUACAGAGGUCGGGCCAUUCAGACAUCUGCUUUCUUCAAUCACAGAAGUAGGUUCUUUCUUUCAAAGCUUCCAUUCCGUUUCUUUUGCAAAAAUGCCCGGCAGGCGUACGGUUGAUACAACUGAAGAAUCAAAUGCGUUAUCCGAUGCAUUGAUUGGGAAGCUUGCUGCAUACUGCAACCAGAGGGAUCUCCCUAGAGCUAUGAAUGCCCUUUAUGAGAUGGAGAAACACAAGAUAUGGGCCAAUGCUAUCAUUUACUCCGAGCUUAUAAAAUGUUGUGUCGCCCAACAUGCUGUCGAACACGGCAAACACGUUCACAGACACGUUUUUUCCAACGGAUAUCAGCCCAAGACCUUCUUGCUCAACAUACUCCUGAACAUGUAUGUGAAAUUCAACAUGUUGGGUGAAGCACAGGCUUUGUUCGACAAAAUGCCAGACAGAAAUGUCGUUGCUUGGACUACAAUCAUAUCCGCAUACUCUACUUCCAACCUCAAUUCCCAGGCUUUCAAGCUGUUGAUCCUCAUGCUAAGGAAUGGAGUCCAACCCAAUAUGUAUACUUACUCCUCUGUUCUCAGGUCCUGCGAUUCCAUCUCUAACUUGACGCAUCUCCAUUGCAGUAUUGUUAAGGUGGGGUUGGACUCUGAUGUCUUUGUACGCAGUGCUCUUAUUGACGUCUACGCCAAAAUCGGCCAACCAGAGAGUGCACUUAUCGUCUUCAAUGAAAUGAAAACACAUGAUCGGGUGGUUUGGAACUCUAUAAUAGGAGGAUUUGCUCAAAACAGUGACGGGUAUGAAGCCUUGACUCUCUACAUGAGAAUGAAACGAGCUGGUUUUCCAGCUGACCAGUCAACCCUAACCAGCGGUCUUAGAGCAUGUACCAGUUUGGCGCUUUUAGAGGUCGGCAGGCAAUUCCACGUUCAGGUUUUCAAGUUCCACCAAGACAUGAUACUUCAUAAUGCACUUCUUGACAUGUAUUGUAAGUGUGGCAGCGUGGAUGAUGCUAACCGUACUUUUACUAGGAUGGUGGAGAAGGACGUCAUCUCUUGGAGCACAAUGAUUAUGGGGUUAGCCUCAAAUGGUUUUAGCAAAAAAGCACUUGAUCUAUUUCAGGAAAUGAAGAGGUCUACGGGGAUGGUACCAAACCGUGUAACCGUCCUUGGGGUUCUAUUUGCUUGCAGCCAUGCCGGAAUGGUAGAAGAUGGGCAGUAUUACUUCCGCUCAAUGAAGAAGCUUUUCGGAGUGGAUCCAGGAAGAGAACACUAUGGUUGCAUGGUUGAUCUUCUGGGAAGAGCUGGUAAACUAGAGGAAGCAGUGGAGUUAAUUCAUGAAAUGGAAUGUGAACCGGAUACUGUGAUAUGGAGAACAUUGCUUGGUGCUUGCAGGUUACAUCGAAACAUGGAUUUGGCUGAAUAUGCUGUGAAACAAAUAAUUAACAUAGACCCUUCUGAUGCGGGGACCUACAUACUGCUUUCCAAUAUCUAUGCACGGACACAAAAAUGGGAAGAGGCUUCAAAGGUGAGAAGGGACAUGAGGAGCAAAGGAGUGAAGAAAGAACCGGGGUGUAGUUGGAUUGAAGUGAAUAAGCAGAUUCACGCCUUCGUUAUGGGAGAUAAGUCACACCCACAGAUAAAUAACAUUGAAGAAGAGCUUAAUCAGAUAAUUCAGAGAUUGAAAGAAGCAGGUUAUGUUCCUGAUACCAACUUUGUCUUGCAAGAUCUUGAAGGAGAACAGAUGGAGGAUUCACUUCUUUGUCACAGUGAAAAGCUUGCUAUCGCGUUUGGCUUAAUGAGCUUGCCGAAAGAAAAGACAAUCAGAAUCAGAAAGAAUCUCAGGAUUUGUGGGGACUGUCAUUUAUUUGCAAAGCUAUUGACUAAGUUGGAGAAUCGAACCAUUGUCAUCAGAGAUCCAAUCCGCUACCAUCAUUUUCAGGACGCCAUUUGUUCUUGCAGUGACUACUGGUAGCGGAGAGUGUCUGGCUAGAAGGUAGCUACCUGAACUGCGGAUUCAUUUUUCUUGAAACCAUUUAUGGGUCUGUUUGCAUGCAGGGUUUCGGAUGGGCUUAAUUUAUAUCUUGAUAUUCAUAUAUGAACUUUUAUAAAAACUGAAAGAUUUAACAUAAUAUACAAUCACAUAUCAUUUUAAUCAAAUUUUAUACAAUUUUAGAAACAUUCUAUUUAUCAGAUAUAGGUCAAGCCAUCUGAAAUCUUCUCCUCCAAACUCUAUCCAAACAGACCCUUGGCAAAAAGGAAGCGUAUCUUCUUGCGUAUCUGCUAUUGAACAUCUUCGAAUGCUCUAAAUGAAGAUUGGAUAGGGCACAGAACUAGGAUGGUUCUGCCCAACAAAGAAGAAUGACUAAGGAGAGUUGUGUCUGAAGAAAGAAGAAUCAUCCAGAAGCUUAGCAAGAGUUUGAUGACUGUGAUGACGCAGAAGGAAUCAGAUAACAAACUCUGAGUAUCUUUGGAGUUUUAGGGGCAGAAAAUAACUAAAGUACUUCCACUUGAUGGAUAAAGGUGGGGCUGAAAGCUUUCCCGGGUCUAAGGUAAGCUGAAGGGGGUUAGAGGUGGUUGGAAAGCUUGAUCUGAACUCUAUUGCUAUCAUUGUUCAAUUAUUUGUCUUAUACUCCUUCCUUCCCGUUGGAAGGUUUCCGUGGGUAAAUGACACAACUUUUUAGGCAAGUGGUUUGGGU